AUGUUGGGCUCAUACCUCCAUCCUGACAGCGGUGAUGAGAUCCUCAUCUCAGCUGACAGUCGAGGCUACAUUUGGAUCGGAAAUGAGGAGCGCUUGACCUUCGACUUUGACGAGGAAGGGUUCAAGUUGAUCCCGGCCGAGGGGAGCGAUCAUAAGGUCGAGAUCACUUUCGAGCAAGAGGAAGGCAUUGUGUCUGCAGCCAUUCGCGAGGAUGUGCGCUAUGAGCGGCUGGUGGGCAGCAUGGAGCUAAAAGUCCGAGAAGGCCCUGUCCAUUUGUCACUUGCUGAGGUGAAGCGUGAGGGGGAAAACGUCCAUGCUUUCAUUUGCAACGUGGUGCAAGACCCCAACGACUGGCGUGACUUCAGCGUCCUGGCUGCGAUCGCAACGAGCGCUCACUUGAACAAUGGCAAGCCAGCAGUCAUUGUUGAUGACACCUCACCCGCAGAUGAUGAUGCUAUUCAGGAUCUUCUGGACCGUUUGCAGCCGAACCAAGUUACGGUUUUCCGCUGCGAAGAUGAAGACAGCCAAGGCCAGAUCAAGGGCUCAGAAUCUGCCCAAGUGGCCGAGCGCACAUGCAAUAGUUUGUCGCAGAUGAACGAGUAUGUGGCAGACACGUGGAAAGGGGAGAUCAAAACGGCAUGUGUGGUGUCCAAUGCAGACUAUGGACAAGCCUUGCUGGCCACAUCUUUGGCCUGCUUGCUGGAUGCACCGCUCUUUGUCACUGACGGCCCUGUGGCUGACGCCAAUCUGGAAGAGCUUCUCCCUGACUUCGGAAGCUAUCCGUUGAUCGUGGUGGGUGACAAAUUGGAGGGCAGCAAGGCAGAAGUUGUGGCCAUCGCCGGUUUCUCCGAAGCCCUGGCUCAUGCGAAGAAGGCCGGGAUGACAGUGAACUACAUCGCCUUGACCAACCCGGCAGACCGCAACACCCGCAAGCUGUCUUUGACUGCCCCAGUCUAUGCAGCAGCGCAUGGUGGCAUGGUGUUGCCCGUUAAGGAUGUGGGCAUCGGGAAGCCAGGUGCUUUGGAUGGGGAGCCUCUCAGCAAGGUCAAGGACCAGCUGGGAGCAGCUUACUCAGCCCUCGGGCAGCACCCGCGCUUCUUGAACCUCGUGGGCAGCCCCGAAGCCGUGCCAGCCUGCAAGACCACGCACGACGUCAACAACUGCAAGGACUUCGCCGUCACGGACUACCAAUACGCCACAGUGAAGUUCAACCUGGACGAUGCCCAUGAGAUUGCCGUCUCCAGGUGCUUUACGGAGUCGGCGACGGCGGGAUUCCUUCUUGCCACGCGCUCGGUGAACUUCUCCAUCUUGCACGGGGAGUGGAAGGACAAAUUCGUGGACGCUGGGCUUUGGGGCUUCCCAGAGCUGCGGAAGAUGUUCCUGAAUGUGGGCUACAGCUUGGCGAGCUGCCAGGAGGAUGAGAGCAAGCCCCUGCACCAGGUGGACUUUGAGAAGAAGAACAAGUCCAUCGAGGCAGCGGCCAUCCUCCACAAAGAUCAUUCCGGUUGGUCUGGGCUGGGCCAGUGCAUCCACCGCCACACCAACGCAAUGUUUGCCCCGUGCGUGAUGAUCUCAGGGGGCUGCCACGCCGCUGGCAUCGACGAAGGCGUGCCUUCCUGCGCCAGCCGCGUGAUGGCUCGCGGGGGCGUGUGCUUCACGGGCGCCGCCCGGUGCCCCACAGCCAUCGCCACCCUUUGGGGUGUGGCCUUCUACAACGAGCUGCUCUACGAGAACGGCGGCCGCACCUUGGGGGAGGCAAACAUGCAGGCCCACAACAAGUUCCUGGCACACCACCUCAAGGGGGUGUUCCUGGGGAAGUACACGUUGGUGAAUCGAUUCACUUUGGGUGAUCCUGCCCUCCGGCCCUUCCCUCAAAAGACGCCCAAGAUCUCUCCAGCAAAGACAUCCUUUGAGGGCGACACGGUUACAGUGACGGCGCCUUCUGAGUGGACCAUGGUACCCGUGCAUCCGGAUCAAACCAAGGAGUGGAAGUUCGAAGGCAGCUUGUACGUACCAGUGGGUCCUGGCUGUUCGCCAGAGGCCCAGUGGUGUCGCGCGAAGUACGAUAUGCAGAAGGCCUACUAUCAGCUCGUCAUCAAAGUUCCGGGCAAUGCCAAGGGCGUGGAGCUGAAAUCUUUGACAUAUGAAAAGAAUGGAGAAGAGGUCACGGCAAAAGCAGCGGUGGAGCCCGACCUUGAUCCUGUUUGCGGGCAGUACGAGUGCUCCCUAUACGUUGACAAAGGCAAUGCCAAUGACUGGCACUACGUGACCGUGACAAAGGAUGAGGGCUCUGGGAACUACAAAUGGACCAACAAGGCCGGAGUCUCCUGGACGUUGGAUGCGCAAACGCUGGACAUCAAAGAGGAUUGUCCAUAUCACAAAGACGGUGCUCACAAUGAACCGCGGAGGAACGCGAAAGGCAUCGUUAAAACGAUGCGGUUCAACGGAGAGGCCUACUUCCGAAACGGCCUCUGGUCAGACGAUGCCGCUGACCUGUCAACCGCGACGAACAUGUGGUGGCAUGGUGAGCCGGAGGGCAUCAAGGAGCUCAGUGAUGGCAACAAGCUGCUGUUUGUGCCAAUGAAAAUGAUUGACUACGACCAGAAGGAAGGCAAACUCCAGUCGUUUGUCAAGAGCUUCACUAUGCAGGUGGUCCUGGAAGACGGCGAAGCGGACUUGAAGGCAAUGAACAAGCCGCCAGAACCUGCGCAGCGGGGCGGAGGAGCCCUGUUUGCGAGCACCAGGAAGAUGCGGGAGUUCAAGUCGCUCUUGGAGGAUGCCGAGAAGCUAUUGGAGUACGACUCCACGGACAAAGAGGCUGCGGAAUGGAAAGCGCUGGCUUUGGAGGGGCUAGGCAAGAGCAAGCGGUAG